AUGCCCUUGUGCCCUAGCUCCGAGGGGCACGGCCACGGCCGGGCCGCCAGGUUCUCCUUCGACUGCGUCAGACCCAGCUCGCCACCGACUCCUUGCCGCUUGAAGCCUCGAGCCGAGACUUCUCAGUUAGAAAGAAGAGAAAGUUUCUCCGGGUCUUGGGCUGCCCCUCCUCUGUCCCCGACUCCCGGCGCGGAGGUGGUGAGGCCCGUGGCGCCAGGGUGGCUGCGAAGCCCGCAGGGGCCAGGAGCCUGGGGACUUGCCCCCCCGGGGCAGCUGCCGGGUGGGUGCCGCACAGGGAACGACACAAGCCCGGAGAGCUUCCUUUUGCACAACGCGCUAGCCCGAAAGCCGAAGCGGAUCCGAACCGCCUUUUCCCCGUCCCAGCUUCUGAGGCUGGAACACGCCUUCGAGAAGAACCACUACGUGGUGGGCGCCGAGAGGAAGCAGCUGGCGCACAGCCUCAGCCUCACGGAAACUCAGGUAAAAGUAUGGUUUCAGAACCGAAGGACGAAGUUCAAAAGACAGAAGCUGGAGGAAGAAGGCUCAGAUUCCCAGCAAAAGAAAAAAGGGACGCACCAUAUUAACCGGUGGAGAAUCGCCACCAAGCAGGCGAGUCCCGAGGAAAUAGACGUGACCUCAGACGAUUAAAAACACAAGCCGAACCCCACAGAAACGGACAGCACGGAGCAAACCAGAGACAGGGAGAGGAGGGGUAGAAGAAAAAGAACCCUACAAAACAAAAACAAACCUCACACACACAUUCACCGAAAAAAGGAAGAGGGAGUCAUAGAGAGCGACCGCGCAUCGAGGACUUUGGGCAUUGAGGGCGCAGGGUCCUGAUCCCAGGCUGCGCGGAGAUGGCAGAGGAUGGAGGCUUCUUGAUCAACAUGCAACCCUUGUCUAAAGAGGCAGCUGAGUGAGUGAGAGAGAGAAAGAGAGAGAGAAAGAGAGAGAGAGGGAUCCAAAAGUGGCAAAGCCGAAGGCGCUCUGAACAAGGGAAGCUGUCAGUCAAACGCCAAACCAGCGAGAGAAGAUGAUUGGCAGGUACUCCGUUUAUCACAGUCCUGAUUUGUUUUUUUUUUUUUUAAAUAAUGAUAAUAAUGAUGGUAAAAGAAAACCCCAACCAGGCCCAGGACUUUUAUUUUGCACUUCACAAAGUUUCCCCCCCACCCAAUCUUUAAAAAUAAUCAGUAAUAAUAACAAUCGAAAUUCCAUAUCCAGCCCCAUCUCACACCUGUUCAAAAACUUGAAUUGCAUGUAGCAGUUGUUGGGCGAAUGGUGUCUAAAGACAGAAAAUGAAUUGUAAUUUUCUUUUCCUUUUAAAGACAGGUUCUGUGUGCUUUUCAUUUUGAUUUUUUUCGAAGAAUGUGGAGUCUGUAAACACUUUUUUAUACCUUCUGACGUCAAAGUGAUUGUGGAGUAGGCUCAGCGAUAGUGGUCCUCUUACAGAGAAAUGGGGAGCAGGAUGGGGGGCUGGGGGUGGCGGGGGAGGGUGCCCAUGAGAGGAGUCAGGACUUGUGCUGGGAAAGAAAAACCCUAAAUUAAUUCUAUUUCUUGAACAUUCCCUUUCCUAACAUCCCGAAGGCUUAAAACCACGCGGUAAACUCCUUUUGGUGGUUGGAGAGACUGGCCAUACUCAACCAUUCGCUGUAAAGGCCAUUCCAAACUUUAAUCUGUUGCAAAAACUGAAGGACUGUAGUUAGCGGGGAUGAUGUUAAGUGUGGCCAAGGACAUGGCGGCAAGUUUUCAAGCACUGAGUUUCUAUUCCAAGAUCAUAGACUUUACUAAAGAGAGUGACAAAUGCUUCCUUAAUGUCUUCUAUACCAGAAUGUAAAUAUUUUUGUGUUUUGUGUUAAUUUGUUAGAAUUCUAACACACUAUAUACUUCCAAGAAGUAUGUCAAUGUCAAUAUUUUGUCAAUAAAGAUUUAUCAAUAUGCCCUCA